CAUCCAGGCCGUGCAGUAGCUUUCUGUUGCCCGGUUUCUACUUGAAGGGUCAGACAGUCACAGGUGAGCAUCGCCCCGCGUUUGCCGCGGUGAGGGAUGACGAGCAGCCAGCUCCGAUCAGCGCCGGACACGCUGAGGGGACAGGCGGAACGCCGCGCCCCUUCCCCCGGGCCGCUGCUUCCCGCUGCUUUCCCUCCCCGGAGCCCGCGGCCCUUCCUCAGCCGCGGCGCGGCACCGGGAGCUCUCCUUCUCCGCUCCGGCGGCGCCCCGAAGGGCGGGCGAGGCCGGAGCGGGGAGGGGUCCCCUUCCCACCGCCCCCGGAGGAAGUGACAUGCUGACGGCGGGAAGGGAAGGCGAGGGGGGCCCUGUUCCCGGAGUGGAGCCGCCCGGCGGGUGGAGCCUGCCGGCCCCGCCCGAGCCGCCCGCCGCGUGCAAAGUAGUGGCAGCCGGUGCGGCUCGGCCGCCGCCCGCUCCCGUCGCUCCAGCGCGGCACGCGUGCCCAGGCCCGCCGGCGCCAGGUUGUCUUCUGAAUUUUGUGUCUGAAGGUAUCCUCUUGCUUUCUCAGCAAAUCAUGGACAUCGUUGGCUUUCUGAAGUCGCAAUUCAUUUGCCACCUUCUGAUCUGCUACAUAUUUAUAGUGUCAGGACUGAUCAUUAACUUCAUUCAACUCUUUACACUUAUACUUUGGCCAAUCAACAAGCAACUGUUCAGGAAGAUCAACUGCAGGCUGGCUUACUGCAUUUCAAGCCAGAUGGUGAUGUUGCUGGAAUGGUGGUCAGGCACCGAUUGCACCCUUUACACUGACCCAGAGAGUUACCACAAGUACGGGAAGGAGAAUGCCAUCGUAAUCCUUAAUCACAACUUUGAAAUUGACUUUCUCUGUGGUUGGAACUUUUGUGAGAGAUUUGGGGUCUUGGGGAGUUCCAAAGUGCUUGCAAAGAAGGAGCUCUCCUACAUGCCCAUCAUUGGCUGGAUGUGGUAUUUCCUAGAGAUCGUCUUCUGCAAGCGCAAGUGGGAGGAAGAUCGGAAAACUGUCGUACAAAAGUUGCUCAAUCUCCGGGACUACCCUGAAAACUUUUGGUUCCUGAUUCACUGUGAGGGCACAAGGUUCACAGAGCAGAAGCACCAGAUCAGCAUGCAGGUAGCUGAAGCCAAAGGCUUGCCCAAGCUCAAGUACCACCUCCUGCCACGAACGAAGGGAUUUGCUGUCACCGUGCAGUGUUUGAGAAAUGUAGUUUCUGCAGUCUAUGAUUCUACCCUUAAUUUUAGAAAUAAUGAAAAUCCAACAUUGCUGGGAGUUCUAAAUGGAAAGAAAUAUCAUGCAGAUUUAUAUGUAAGGCGGAUUCCACUAGAGGAAGUCCCAGAAGAUGAGCAGGAAUGUUCUACCUGGCUCCACAAACUAUAUCAAGAAAAGGAUGCCUUCCAGGAAGAAUAUUACCGCACAGGAACCUACCCAGCAGUCCCCACAAUACCACCCCGCCGACCAUGGACACUUUUGAACUGGCUUUUCUGGGCCUUAUUGCUGCUAUAUCCUUUGUUCCAGCUGCUCAUCAACAUGAUCAACAGUGGAUCAUCACUGACACUGGCUAGUUUUGCAUUUGUCAUUAUAAUAGCUUCUGUUGGUGUGAGAUGGAUGAUCGGGGUUACAGAAAUUAACAAGGGCUCCACCUAUGGCAACAAUGACAACAAGCAGAAACAAAAGUAGCACCUUCAGAGACUGCUUCAACCCAAAGGGAACAAACACAACUGCUGAAAACUCUUUAAGUGCAUAUCACGGUCCUUCAAGUGAGAGCAGAGGAUGAGUAAUGGCCGUGCAUAUCUGAAUUUGUGCUCCUGUUGUUUUUCUCUGGGGUUUGGGCUGGAUGACAUGCUGGAAGGAUGCACUCCUUCGUAUACUCUCAACAACAGGUUUGCACAUGUGUGGUUGGUUUGUUUUCCUAUGAAGUGUCUUAAGUUCUGAAGAAAACAAAAUAAAUUCCAGCGUGCUUGUAUGAAGAGACUCUACCUGGAAACUAACCAGAGGUGCAAGCUUUAAUGUCAGAAGAUUGUUACAAGAUGAUUAAACUUGAUAGUUGUGUAGCUCACACAGUUUAACAACCAUAAUCUGUCAGUGUUUAAACACAGCACAGCGGGAUGCUGUGCUUGGUUAUAGCAGUAUUGGACUGAAGCAGCUCUGCUGAACUGGCAGAACUACUGUAGAGUUUUUGUACAUCCAGAAGUUACUCCCACAGUGUGCACUACAUGGGCCCUUCAAAACUUCAGCCAGACCCUGCCUGGACAUCCAGACACUGGAGCCUGGCAGUAGCAGAGCCUGGAUCAGAAUUUGGCCUUGUGGCCUGAGCAGAGCUAAAAGUUACCCACUGCCCUCUCUUUCCCCAGGCCAUGCAUCCAAGGUAUAGCUGAAACCUGUAAUUCUUCAGAGUAAAUGUCAUUUUUAAUUUGGAAAACUUGAAGUAGAAAAAUUCCUUUUGGCUCUAAAUGCUACUUAAAAUUCCAGGCCGUCCUAACAAUUUUGGAAAGAAAAUGACUGGGCAUGUUGUAGUGAAAUAAUGCCAAAUGUGCAUUACAACAUAUGCCCUGUACCCAGACUGUUGUGACCCUAAUUUACCUGCUUGUCUGUCUUUUCUGAUAAAUUAGUUUACUUGGUGCCUCAUAACAGUCAGCCUGAAUUAGUAGUAAAUUAUUUUCUUCUGGGGAGGAGGGGAACUAGGAGAGAGACCUAGGACAGUGGGUAUGGCUGAUUUAUGUCUGUCUUGAUUUGACACCCUUUUGAAUUAAAUGAAACUAGAAUGAAGCUCUGAGGAAAGGGGGUGGCUCUGACAGUCCUGGUACUGAUCUCAGGACAGCUGCCUCCUGUUUUUAAACUUAGAGUUAUGGAUCUGCAGGUUACUAUAAAUAACUUGUUUAAAGCAGGGGGGAAAAAGGAAAGGAGGGGACAUUAACUAACAGCAAAUAUGAUUGCAAAAAAAAAUCCCAAUUUUUAAAGUCUACAGAUCCUGACACUGAGCAGUGGAGGUUGUGAUUGACACUUUCAAAGACAGUCCAUAUUCACUCAGCAUAGAGCUAAGCCAUGAUAGUCUUUAGUGAAGAAAGUGAGUAGUCCUACUCUACAGGUGGUAAAAAAACAUUGUUCUUGUCAUAUGAUAAAACUGAGGCCAGAAGAAACAGGCUAAUACAACAAUAUGAAUCAUUCCCUGAAAUGUGUAUUUGCUAUUCAGUACAUCAGAUAAUCUUGAAACUCACCUUUUUAAUAUGCAGAACCUAAGAAGCAGGUGAAGUAGUGCUUUUAGCAUGGAGCAAUAAGUGAAGUUUAGGGAUAGUGCAGGCAGUAACAUUUACAACGUGAAGGAAGGCAUAGACAGUGUGAGAGACUGCUUUGGGAGGCUUUUUGCCUCACACAUCUUGUGUACACAUGCAUUCCCUAUGUUCUGAAGCUUUCAGGAGCAGGUCAGAUGGGCUCAGAUGUUUUUAGAGCCCAAAAGUAGAAAACACUGUAAUGUUUACAGUGCUGUUUAAUAAAGCACAUGCCCUGCACUCUAUUUGCUGUAACACUCUUAACAGUGAAAAACUGAGUAUUGCAUCUGUAGUAAUGAUCAGGCACAGCCACAAGCCAGACCUGAAGCCACUGCACACAAGAGCUGGAAAAUGGGUUGGAGGGGAGAAAGGAAAGGCCUCUCCAGGGUAGCAUUUUACUGUGAACAUUACCUGGCAGGCCCAGUGGCCUUUUCUCUGGGUGAUGGGUGAGCAGUUCUGAGCAGCAAAUACAUAUUCCUGGAGUGACAGAGGCUGUUCUGCCUUCCUGAGAGCCAUGGAUUUAACAUGCAGUGAGGAAGACAUUUGGCAUUCCUUAUGAAUCUUAGUCCUUCCCCCUCCAACUGCAUGCAGUGCCCUUCUCCCAACGGAAAGCACCAAACAAAUAAACAGUUCUGAAAGAGUACUGAGGUGAUUUCAUACCCGUGUCCCUGGGACCAACUCUUAGAACAGGCUGAUGGCCAAACAUGCCACUCUGGAUCCAUCCUCCCAAGCACUUGUGCAAGUCCUGGCACACCACUGAGGCCCUUCCAGCACUCACUGACAAACAGAGAAAGCUCAGUGGUCCUUGCCAAAGUUAAACUUCUCCAGUUCACUGUAUUUAAAGAAUGACAUAGGUUAUUAGGAAGCAGUGUUUGCCCCUCAUCCCCACAAGCAACUGUAUGUUCUACAACUGCCUUAACAAAAUUAGUCUUAAUGUUUGUUUAUACAAAAAUAAAAGUAUAAAAAGCUAA